AUGACGUCCUCAUGCUGUCCACCUACACACAUGGAAGAUUCCACCUUCAACAUCUCCCCGCUGUUAUCUGGAACAGCGAACGCCACGCCCGAGAUACCGGGAACAACGCCCUCUGCUCCCCCAGUAGGGGGCCUCAUCGGCCCAGAAGCCAUGGAAGUCUUCCGAUUGGUCAAUUUUGUCAGCCUGUACGGCUUGGUGUCCUUCUUCGGCACAGUGACCAACGUCAUAAACAUCGCAGUACUCGUCAAACUUGGCUUCAAGGACACGGUUAAUCUGGGACUCUUCGGACUCGCCCUCUCGGACCUGGGCUGUCUCCUGACGUUGUUCUGGAUGGCUAUCUGUUUCAACCCGGCUUUCGCCUUCUCGCCCGCGGUGCCGUUCGCGCCGUACGAGGUACAGUACUUGACAGGGGGCUGGCCUCACGUAUGCUUCGUCCGCACAUCCAGCUGGAUCACCGCUUUCGUGACCUUUGAACGCUGUCUGUGUGUGACCCUGCCCUUCAAAGUCAAAUCGCUGGUCACUCCAAAGCGGGUUGUCAUCGUGCUGUCCACUAUUUUCUUCCUGACGGUUGCCAGUGUGACACCUGUAUAUUACACGUCACGGAUGAGGUGGCUCUUUUACCCGGCCUACAACAGGACACUUAUCGGUCUGACCUUCACCGACAACAGAGAGGAAGUGGAGGCCGUGACCUUAAUCUUGAACAACUUUGUAUCUCCGAUCACAUCCUUUGUUCUCGUCUCGAUCUGUACUUUGAUUCUGGUUCUGCAGCUAAAACGCAAAACAGAGUGGCGCAGUAAAUCUGUGGCAGCCAGUGCAAAAAGCAAUGACGUCACUUCGGCGAGAGAUAAGAAAGUAGUACGUAUGGUGGUUACCAUGUCAACCGUAUUUAUUAUCACGUUCGCUCCGGGAACUCUUACUUUCCUGUGCAUGGCUCUUAUACCAGAGUACAGUAUUGUGGGGCGAUACUCGAACCUCUUUAAUGUCAGUUUCUCCUUCGUCUUUAUACUGGAAUCGAUUAACUCGAGCGUCAAUCUCUUUGUCUUUUACAAAAUGAGCAGCAGGUACAGGGAGGUUUUCAAUGCCAUGUUCUUAAAAAAGUCCCAGCCUAAGAACAAGUGA